GUAUAAAAAAUUCAAACGUGAAUGCUCUUUCUUUCUUUGUUGUUUUUUUAACUCUUUUGGUCAAGAACAUGACUGUUGAAACUUCAAAGUCUGCGAAGAUCAGCAUCAAUUGGUUCUUUUUACAAUAGAAUGUUAGGUAUUUAACCAAGCAACCAUCUAUGUAUAAACAGAAACUUAAGACCCUAUUAGAAACUUACCUAAUCACAACCAUCUCAAGCUUUCUGCACUAGUCAGAUGCAUAUCUUAAUCUUCUUCCUCCUUUCUUUUCUACUGUGUAUUCCUUCUCCAUGUUCACCUGCAACGACAGAUACCCUCCUACAAGGCUCGUCUCUCUCAGUAGAGAAACCAGCUGAUACACUCGUGUCGGCCAACGGCGUCUUCUCCGCUGGCUUCUUUCAAGUCGGCGACAAUGCUUUCUGCUUUUCCAUUCGGUUCACAAGGUCCAAGCAACCCACCCUUGUCUGGAUAGCAAAUCGAGACCAACCCGUUAAUGGGAAAGUUUCAAAGUUAACACUUUUAAAAAAUGGCAACCUCAUUUUGAGCGAUGCAGGAGCAAGUACCAUCUGGACCACAGCCACCUUCUCCUCCUCGGAAGUGUAUCUCAUGCUCAUGGACAACGGCAACCUCGUCCUUCGUGCCUCACAAGGCAUUGUCUUAUGGCAAAGCUUUGACUCCCCAACCGAUACCCUUCUUCCUGGUCAACCACUCACCGAGAAAGCGAGCCUUAUUUCAUCCAGAAGCGCCACCAACUUUUCUUCUGGUUUCUAUAAGCUUUACUUCGACAACGAUAAUGUUCUUCGGCUUCUUUUCAAUGGUCCUAACGUUUCUAGCGUGUACUGGCCUCCCACGUGGAAGCUGCCCGUUGAUGAGGGCAGGUCCACCUACAACAUAACCAAAAUUGCAGUGAUAGAUCCCUCUGGCCAUUUUACGUCCUCUGAUACUUUCGAAUUCUAUCCGUCUGAUUAUGGUGUUAAACGCUAUCGGCGAUUCCUGAUGGAUCCUGAUGGUAACUUGCGUCUCUAUAGCUUCAAUGAAGAAACUAGCACGUGGGAGGUCUCGUGGCAAGUCAUUCCCCAACCAUGUACCGUUCAUGGUCUUUGUGGAGCUAACAGCAUGUGCACUUACGAUCCUUUCGUAGGCAGGACCUGUUAUUGCUUGCAAGGAUUCAAGAUUAAGAAUCCCAAUGACUGGGCUCAGGGCUGUGAACCUGAAUUUACUACCCAUCGUGGUUGCAAUUCCACAGGGUUUGGUUUUGUUCAUCUUCCCAGAAUGGAAUUAUUCGGCUAUGACUUGGAGGUAAUCCGCGUAACAAACUUGACACAAUGUGAAAAUAGGUGCUUGGAACUUUGUGAUGAUUGCCAAGGCGUCCAACUCAAAUUCAACGAAGUUAGUACUUAUAAUUGCUACAUCAAAACAAUAUUGCUCAACGGAAGGGAUUCCCCUAAUUUCGAUGGAGAUGUCUAUCUCAAAUUACCAAAAUCAACUAUUCUGUCCCUCAAGGUUCCUCAGAAACAUGUACCAUUGAAGUGCUCAGCCAAUCUGUUUCAGAGCUUGGGUAGGACUUACCAAGAUUCCAAAAAUAGCACGUGGUUGAAUUUUUUGCUUUGGUUCGCUUGCGGGAUUGGAGUGCUCGAGAUGACCUGCAUUUUCUUCGUGUGGUUCUUCUUGUUUAGAAGUAGUAAGGAAAAUGAUAAGGGAGAAAGACAACAACUACUUUCUGCCACAGGGUUUCAAAGGUUCACCUAUUCAGAACUCAAAAAGGCCACACGUGGAUUCAGCGAUGAGAUUGGACGGGGAGCGGGAGGGAUCGUGUACAAAGGGAAAUUAGACAAUAAUCGCGUAGCAGCAAUCAAGAGCCUUAUUAGUGAAACUAAUCAAGGAGAAGCAGAGUUUCUUGCUGAAUUUAGCACGAUCGGGAUGUUGAACCACAUGAAUUUGAUAGACAUGUGGGGAUACUGCGUGGAGGGAAAGCACAGACUUCUAGUGUACGAGUACAUGGAACAUGGAUCCUUGGCAGAAAAUCUCUACUCCAAUGCACUUGACUGGAACAAGAGGUUUAAUAUUGCAGUCGGUACAGCCAAAGGUUUAGCUUAUUUGCACGAAGAAUGCUUGGAAUGGGUCCUGCAUUGUGACGUGAAGCCUCAAAACAUACUGUUAGAUUCAGAUUUUCAACCCAAGGUAGCAGAUUUUGGCCUGUCUAAGCUGCUUAAUAGGGAUGAGGGUGCCAAUUCUGGUUUUUCCAGAAUCCGAGGGACGAGAGGGUACAUGGCGCCUGAAUGGGUGUACAACCUAAGAAUUACUUCUAAAGUGGACGUAUAUAGUUAUGGGAUUGUGGUGUUGGAAAUGAUAACAGGAAAAAGUCCAAUGGGAAUCCAUAUCCUAGAAAACAAAGAAGGUAUGGAUCAACGGAGGUUGUUGACAUGGGUGAAGGAGAAGAUGAAUGCUGAUGGUCCUACAAGCAAGAGCUGGACUGAGGAGGUAGCAGAUCCGAAUAUGCAAGGAAAAUACGACCCUGACAAGGUGGAGCUGUUGGUGAAAGUGGCUUUGCGGUGUGUGGAAGAUAACAUGGAUGAAAGACCCUCCAUGAGCCAAGUAGUGGAGAUGCUUCAGUUUCCAGAGCACUCGUAGUUUCUUCCAUUAUUCGUUGCUCCAUGCCUCCGUUGGAUAUUUUUUAAAAAAAAAUUAUUUUGAUAAUUGGUUUUCACUGUUGCUGAGGUUCUUGCGCCAACGAGACACACCCACGCGCUAAAGUGAAUGUUCAUAUUAAAUGUUCUUCCGACCCAUACCGGCCAAUAUCAUUUAGUUGUUGGCAGAAUUUACUGUACCUAAAAAUUAAAGAAUAUUAAUUAGCGAACAAGAUUAUGCCCUA